AUGGUCGUUUCAAACUCAAAAAAGAAUAUUGAGGGUUGCAAACUACCGGUAAAACUACCAGACUCCGACUUUUUCCAUAAUGCUGAGAUUUUGGGUACCCGUGAUGUAGGUGAUUGUACAUACUAUUACGUUCACUAUGAUGACUAUAAUAAACGGCUGGACGAAUGGGUUAGUGCAGAUCGCCUCGACUUUUCUAAAAUUGAACGACCACUAAAGAAAUCGACCAAAGAACCUGUCACACCUGUUUUCAGCUUAUCCUCCACCGAGGAUGAAGUUAUUAGUUCAGCGGAGCUCCGAACGACAGAUUCGGAUUUGAACCCUCCUCUGAAAUAUCGCAGCUCCAGCUCCUCUAGUUUGACUCAACUGAAAAGAAAACGACCACCUGACGAUAUCUAUGAAGGACCCAUACAUUUAACACUACAGAAUGAUGUGAACGAUCUUGUGUUCGAUGACUCUCCAACGUCAUCUGGAAAACCCAGGCAAACAGGCAGUAUGGUUUCUAGCCACCAUGAACAAGAUACUGUUACGAGAAUGAGAAAUCUAGAAUGGAUUGAAUUAGGAAGAUAUCGAAUUAAACCAUGGUACUUUUCCCCAUAUCCACAGGAAUUAGCAAGUGUUCCAUGUGUAUAUAUAUGCGAAUUCUGUCUGAAGUAUUUGAAGAGUUUCACAUGUCUGCGCAGACACUUGGCUAAAUGUACACUAAGAAAUCCUCCUGGAAACGAGGUUUACCGCAAACUGCCUCACAGUUUUUUCGAAAUUGAUGGACGUAAAAAUAAAACUUAUGCUCAACACCUUUGUCUACUUGCGAAACUGUUCCUGGAUCACAAAACCUUGUAUUAUGAUACAGAUCCAUUCUUAUUCUACGUUCUUUGUGAAAUAGACUCUCGUGGUUACCAUCUAGUUGGAUAUUUCUCAAAAGAAAAAGAAUCUUCUGAAGAUUACAAUGUGGCAUGUAUCUUAGUACUUCCACCUUUUCAACGAAAAGGUUAUGGAAAAUAUUUGAUUGAAUUUAGCUAUGAAUUGAGCAAAAUUGAAGGUAAAUCCGGAUCACCUGAAAAACCGCUAAGUGAUUUGGGUCUAUUAUCUUAUCGCUCUUAUUGGGCUCAAACAAUUCUUGAAUUGUUACUAAACUCUAAAGCAACAGAAACUGGUCAGGAUCCAGCAUUAAGUAUAAAUGAUAUUGUUGAUAGAACAUGUAUUAAACGAGAUGAUGUAAUUGCUACCUUAUCUCAUUUAAAUGUAUUAUACUAUGUGAAAGGACAACAUGUUAUCUAUUUAUCACGUGAUCUUAUACAAGCACAUCAAAAAGCUAUGCAACGUCGUAAUUUACGUGUUGAUGCAAAAUUACUUAAUUGGAAAUCAAGAGAUUGGAGUAAACGUGGUCGAUGGUGA